GCUGCCUGGGGCACUGGACUUCUCUAUUCCCUGCUGCACACUGUCAGUACAUUUUCACUGCCUCUCUGCCAUGGCAAUGCUGUGGAUCAGUUCUUCUGUGAAAUCCCCCAGAUCCUCAAGCUCACUUGCUCAGAAUUCUACCUUAGGGAAUUUGGACUUAUCAUGGCUGGUGUUCUUGUCUUAUUUGGGUGCUUUGUAUUCAUUGUUGUGUCCUAUGUGCAGAUCUUCAGGGCCGUGCUGAGGAUGCCCUCUGAGCAGGGACGCCACAAAGCCUUCUCCACAUGCCUCCCUCACUUGGCUGUGGUCUCCCUCUUUGUCACCACUUCGAUGUUUGCCUAUCUGAAGCCACCCUCCGUCUCUUCCUCAUCGCUGGACCUGGUGGUGUCAUUUCUGUACUCGGUGGUGUCUCCAACACUGAACCCCCUCAUCUACAGCAUAAGGAAUCAGGAGCUCAAGGGUGCCCUCAGGAAAGUACUCUAUUAUGCAUUGUUUGCCCAUCAAAACAAUGUUCAUCAUACCCUCAAGACUGCAAAAAAGUUAGGAAAAGUAUGAUUUAUUUUAUGUGAUGUUUCCAUUUUUUCUUUGUAUUUUUUUGUCAUAGCUAUAAUGAACUUAAUUCCGAUUAAAUAAUAUUCAU